GAGGGGCUGGAGGAGGCGUGGGGCCGCGCAGCGGUGCUGAUUGCCGGAACUGGAGCCCUCUGCCGGGGCGGGGGGCGCGCGGGCUCCGCGGGGCUGGCAGGUGUGCUGCGCGUGCACCUGGCGAGCGAUGGCGCCGGACGCGGGCGCCCCGGGAUAGCGCGGGCUAGGUGGCGGCGCCCGGCUGGGGCAGCAAUGGAGCUCCUUCGGCUGCUGCUCCUGGCUGUGUUGGCGUCGGAACCGGCGGCGGCCGCCGGAGCCGAGACCGUCGGGAACUCCAGCCAGGGUCUUCUUGAAUUUUCUGUGGGGAGAUUUAGAUACUUGGAGCUCAAGAAGCCCUCUCCAGAGGAAGCUAUUUUGCGUCAUAUUUCCAGCAAUGUCACUUUUCUUAUUUUCCAAAUACAUUCACAGUAUCAGAAUACAACAGUUUCUUUUUCUGAGACUCUCCUUCCCAAUGCCUCGGGAACAGGCACUGACAAAGGACUGGUUUUCAUUCUUAGACCAGAGCAGAGUAUAUGCACUUGGCACUUGGAGACUUCAGACCCUGAGCCUGUCCAAAAUGUGGCCAUUCCACUCUCCUACUCGGAAAGCGAUCCUAUCCCUGGUGGUUGUAAUUUGGAGUUUGAUUUAGAUAUCGAUUCCAACAUUUACCUGGAGUAUAAUUUCUUUGAAACAACUAUCAAAUUUGCUCCAGCAAACCUAGGUCAUGCGAGAGGCGCAGAUGCUCCGCCGUGUGACGUCAAGACGGGCCAGGACUCCAGGUGGAGGUUACAGUAUGACGUCUAUCAGUAUUUUUUGCCGGAGAACGAUCUCACUGAAGAGGCAUUGCUAAGGCACCUGCAGAGGAUGGCCGAGGUGCCUCAGGUGCAGGCCAAUGCUCUCAAGGUGGUUACCCUAACAGCUGAUGAUAAGACAAGUGUUUCUUUCUCCUCCCUCCGUGGACAAGGUGUCAUUUACAACGUCAUCGUUAGGGAUCCAUUUCUAAAUACGUCUGCAGCUUACGUCCCUGCUCACACGUACGCUUGCAGCUUUGAGGCAGGGGAGGAUAAUUGUUCUUCCCUUGGAAGAGUAUCUACCAAAGUGUUCUUCACUCUUUUUGCCCUGCUUGGUCUCUUCAUCUGUUUCUUUGGACACAGAUUCUGGAAAACAGAACUAUUCUUCAUAGGCUUUAUCUUCAUGGGAUUCUUCUUUUAUAUACUGAUUACAAGACUGACACCUAUUAAGUAUGAUGUCCGCCUGGUUCUGACGGCCGUUGCCGGAAGUGUCGGUGGGAUUUUUUUGGUCGCUGCUUGGUGGCGAUUUGGAAUCCUCGUGCUCUGCAUGCUGUGUGUUGGACUAGUGCUGGGGUUCCUCGUCUCAUCAGUGACUUUCUUCACUCCACUGGGAAACCUAAAGAUUUUCCGUGAUGACUCAGUGUUCUGGGUGACCUUCUCUUGUAUAGCUAUUCUCAUUCCAGUGGUUUUCAUGGGCUGCCUAAGAAUACUGAACAUACUGAGUUGUGGAUUCAUUGGCUCCUAUUCGGUGGUCUUGGCCGUUGACAGUUACUUGUACACAAGCCUUUCCUACAUCACUUUGAACGUACUGAAGAGAGUGCUCCACAUGGAUUUCCGCAGAGCUUUCAUAAAUGUGCCUUUUCAAACGAAUGACUUUAUUAUCCUGGCAGUAUGGGGCAUGCUGGCUGUAAGUGGAAUUACGUUACAGAUUCGAAGAGAAAGAGGGCAACCGUUUUUCCCUCCCCACCCAUACAAGUUAUGGAAGCGAGAGCGUGAGCGCAGAGUGACGAACAUCCUGGACCCCAGCUACCACAUCCCUCCACUGAGAGAGAGGCUCUACGGCCGAUUAGCCCAGAUCAAAGAGCUCUUUCAGAAGGAACAGCCAGCUGGAGAAAGAACGCCCCUGCUUCUGUAGAUGCGGAGGGCUUGGUCAGUGCAAUCUUGAAGUACAACCCAGGUACCGCCUCAGAUUGGGUGUUGCUGCCUUGCUGCUUCAGCAGUCUCUGGGGCGAGUCUGCUAAGAAACCAGCUUCUGUGUCUGUGCUUUGUACAGUAUUGUGGUCUCCUUAUUGAUACAGGGUAAGGGUAUACCAGGGAGAUGACAGUAAUUCUAAGUGAGAGGGAGAAAGAUGGCCAAAAAGUUGGUGGUAGGGAGGUUCUUCCUUAUUAUAAAAUACGUAAGGCAUUACCUUUUGGUUUAUAAAUAUAUGUCAACUUAUUCCAUUAAAUAGAUACACUUAAAAAAAAAAAAGGAACUUGAAAACAGUGGUUCUCUUGUAAAGCCCUGGUGUUUUUUUUUUUUUUUUU